GUGUCUCCGAAUGGCAGCGCCGGCCCUCUUUUCACUCUGACUGAGUUUGUUUCCUGUGCAGCCGUCAGUCGCUCUGCACCAUCAACAACAUGGCCAUACGCAGAAAAGACAGCUUCCUCUGGGGAAAAGCUCCAAUCAAACUCCCACCAGAAGCGAGGAGGCAGGGUGAGGCGCAUGAGUUUGAGCUGCUGGAUGACAUUCAGAAACUUAGAUUGGAGAUCAAUCACAUCAUGCCUAAAAUCCACAGCCCUGAACUGAAGGAGCAGAAUAAAAAUGUUGCGAGGAACAGGAAAUUCCUACGUGGGAAAAAGAAAUUUAACAUGGACUCCAAAAAAGGUGUCCAGUACCUGGUUGAAAAUGGCCUUCUCGAAUGGCGGGCAGAGUCUGUGGCAGAGUUUCUUUACAAAGAGGAGGGGCUCAAUAAGACCGCCAUAGGAAACUUCUUGGGAGAAAGGGAGGAAAUGCACCUGAAGAUACUGAAAGCGUUUGUUGGUCUGCAUGAGUUCUCAGACCUGAAUCUGGUGCAAGCACUGAGGCAGUUUCUGUGGAGCUUUCGUCUCCCAGGAGAAGCUCAAAAGAUUGACAGGAUGAUGGAGGCGUUUGCAGCUCGCUACUGUGGCUGUAACCCUGGGGUCUUCCAAUCCACAGACACCUGCUACAUCCUCUCUUUCGCCAUCAUCAUGCUCAACACAAGUCUCCACAACCCCAACGUGAAAGACAAACCCACUCUGCAGCGAUUUGUUUCCAUGAACAGAGGCAUCAACAACGGCGAGGACCUGCCCACUGAGCUGCUCACGAAACUGUACACAAGCAUCCGUAGUGAGCCGUUCAAAAUCCCAGAGGAUGAUGGGAAUGACCUCACACUGACGUUUUUUAAUCCAGACCGCGAGGGUUGGCUCCUUAAAAUAGGUGGUCGAGUUAAAACCUGGAAGAGAAGGUGGUUCAUUUUGACAGACAGCUGCUUGUACUACUUUGAAUACACAACAGAUAAAGAUCCAAUUGGGAUUAUUCCUCUGGAGAACCUGUGUGUCAGGGCACUACAAGACUCAAGCAAACCGUUCUGCCUGGAGUUAUAUAAUCCUAAAGGACAAAAGAUCAAGGCCUGCAAGACGGAGAACAAAGGCAGAGUGGUCCAGGGUAAACACCAGUCGUAUAAGCUCAGUGCAGCCAGCGCAGAGGAACGGGACGACUGGAUAGAUGCAAUCAGGGCGAGCAUCACCAAGGACCCUUUCUAUGACUUGGUGACACUACGCAAAAGAAAGAUCAUCAGCAACACUUCCUCAAAGGACUGACACAGCACCAUCAGUGAUCAUGGAUGAGUUUGACUGAUGAAUCAUGUUUCAUUUUAAUGACUGCUCACGAAAGAUACAACCAAAACGUCAUUGCUCUGUAUUUCAAAGAACUGCGCAAAUUGGGAUGUGAUAAUUGUAGUGUAAAAAGGAGAAAAGUGAACCGUGGUUUUCACAUUACUUCUGCAAAAUUAAUGCACUGCUGCUCCGACUUCAGGGGCGACAAGUCUGACGGACAAACAUCUGCUGCAAAGCUAUAAAAAUCAUGAAAGUCUAACCCAGAAGACAUACAAUGACCACAAAAAGACUCAAACGACUCCAGAGAGCCAUAAAACAACUACAAAGAGACAGAAAAUGACCUCAAAGAGACAUAACAAAGACACAAAAGGACACUUCAGGGACAUAAAACGACUUUAGACACAGAAAAUGACCACAAAGAUUAAACAGCUUCACACAAAAAAACACAGAUAGACUUGAGCAAGACAUAAAAUGACUAGAAAGAGACACAAAACAACUGCAAAGAGACAGAAAACAACUUCAAAAAGAAACAAAAUGUUUUUGAAGUGAAACAUAUUGACUUCACUGAGACACAAAAUGCCAACAAAGUAUCAAAAUAUAAAUUGAUGCACGCCUUUUAGACAUGCACACUUUUCUGUUAAUAUGAAAGCAUCUGAACUUGUCAGCUUAUUGAAUAAAUGUUCACUGUGGUCACUUUGUUGUGAAAGCUGAGAUGGCAUUUGCUCGGUCAGACCUGGUAGCAUUUAGGUUACAGAUUCAAUGCAUGCAUGAAUAAGGUUGGAAUUACAUGUGCCUUUACUUCAUCUUCAGUUCCUUUUUAAAAAGACUUACAAAAGACCAACGUCUGGCACCUUUUCACAUCUGAUGUCAAUGUGUCAUAAACCAGCAUUUGCAGAGACUGGAGGUCUUGUAGGGUCACUGUUUUUAAGACUACAGCUAGAUUCCCAAAUUGGAUACCUAGAGAAAAACAGGUAGUUGUCAAAUCUCAGCACAGAAAUUUAAUGAGCUGAAUCUACUGAUGAAGUGAAUUCAGAGAUUGAAUUUGAGAUUGAAAACUCGAUUUCUUUUGAAAGUAUCUCCCAUCAUGGUGUCCUUGUGCAUGCAGCCACUGGCUGAGAUAACAGAGAGAGCACAAGUACUGGUUUUCAAUAAUGUUUGCAUGAUUGAACUUCAAUACUUGCAGGAGGAAAAAAAAAAAACUUGGAAUAUAAGAAACAGAAAGAUCGGCUUAACACUGGUCUGACUGAGUUUUAUGACCACCUAACAUCAAAGGACUGAGAUAACAGAAGAACGCCACAACUUUUGAAAACUGUCAGAAUUUAAUUUAGACUUUAGACAUUUGUGUGCAGCCAAAAAUGAUUAUAAAAGUAAAAUAUCCUUUUUAUUGUACACUGGAAAAAAUCGGAAAACAUAUUCAGGAUCAGCACAGGUCUAUAAACACUGUAGAGAGCCUUUCUUGAUUCAUUGGUUCCACAGUUUAACUUGGAUUAAACCCGAUGAAUCCAAGGUCCACUACUGACGAUGUGUCCCAAAUUUUAAAAUGAUAAACUAGAUUAGAUCCCUAAUCCAUAAACAUAAUCAAGGAAGGAAAAUGGCAGAUUAGCCUGGGUAAAAGACCGAAAGUUGAGGCACACAAC